AUGCUCUUCAAACAGCAGGCACAGCUCAAACAGAAGCUCCUGGUCCUGGGCAGUCUUGCUGUUGGGAGUGUGCUGUACCUGGUGGCCCACGUGGGGACUCUGCAGAGGCUGCAGCCGAUCUGCCGAGUGGACCACAGACUGGUCCCUGGACCGGAGCAGAUCCCCCUGCGGACUCUUCAGUUCAAACGUGCUUUGCUCCAUGAGCUGCGCAGAGCCAAUGGCAGCAGACAGCAGCUGGGGCUGCAGCGGCUGGUGCAGCAGCUGCCACAGGCUAUCAUCAUCGGGGUCCGUAAAGGCGGCACACGGGCGCUGCUGGAGAUGCUGCACCUGCACCCGGCCGUGGUCAAAGCCUCACAGGAAAUACACUUCUUUGAUAAUGACAAGAACUACGCUCGAGGGGUGGAGUGGUACAGGAGCAAGAUGCCCUUCUCUUUCCCUCAGCAGAUCACCAUCGAGAAGAGUCCUGCGUACUUCAUCACAGACGAGGUCCCUGAACGCAUCUUUAAGAUGAACUCUUCCAUAAAGCUGCUCAUUAUCGUGCGAGAGCCCAUCACCAGAGCCGUGUCCGACUACACACAGGUGCUGGAGGGAAAAGAACGCAAGAACAAAACCUACCACAAGUUUGAGAAACUGGCCAUAGACUCUGGGACGUCUGAGGUGAACACUAAGUACAAAGCUGUUCGCACCAGUAUUUACACCAAACACUUGGAGCGCUGGCUCAAGUUCUUCCCUGUGGAGCAGUUCCAUGUCGUGGACGGGGACCGCCUCAUCGCAGACCCUCUGCCGGAGCUCACGCUGGUGGAGAAGUUCCUCAACCUCCCACCAAGAAUCAGCCCCUUUAACCUUUACUUCAACGCCACCAGAGGAUUCUACUGUCUGAGAUUCAAUAUCGUGUUCAGCAAGUGCCUCGCCGGCAGCAAAGGGCGCAUCCAUCCAGAGGUGGACGCCGCGGUGCUGAGCCAACUGCAGCGAUUCUACCACCCCUUCAACCAGAAGUUCUACCAGAUCACCGGCCGGACCUUCACCUGGCCCUGA